AUGGAUCCAGAAUUGCAAGCUCUAAGAGAGGCACGUCUUUCCGAGCUCAAGGGCAGUAGUGGUUCUGCACCCGCCAAUGGCGGCAAACCAUCUGCCCCUUCACCUGGAGCAGAUUCGCGUCCCGCUGUCGGCACCGCCAUUGCGCCUUUCUUACAACCUCAGGCAUUAGAGAGACUUACCAGAGUCGACAUGGUUAGACCAGACAGAGCACAAGCUGUGGAAGCUUAUUUGACUAAAUUGAUUUCAUCGGGUCACGUGACAAGGAAGAUCUCUGAGGAAGAAAUUGUACAGAUUCUACAUGGAGUCGCUAGACAGGAGAAUAAGAAUAAGGACACUACGAUCAUCUUCAACAGAAGAGAUGACGACUGGGAAAACGAUUUAUCCACCGAGAAGCAAAACGGUAACGAAUCUGACGAAGAUGAUUUCUUCGAGUAG